CUUCCUUCGGAGUCGACCAAUGGCCGCCACCGCCUCUGCCGCCGCUACAUCCUCCUUCAUCGGCACCCGCCUCCCCUAUGUCUACUCGGGCUCCGUGUGAGUCGUUGCCAGGUUCGGUUUCGGAGGUAUCCGGGAGCCGUAGCACCCGAGUGGCUUGACGGAAGCUUGGUCGGUGACUACGGGUUCGACCCUUUCGGGUUGGGCAAACCCGCAGAGUACUUACAAUAUGAUUUAGAUUCUUUGGACCAGAACCUGGCUAAGAACUUGGCCGGUGAGAUCAUCGGGACCAGAACUGAGGUUGCAGACGUAAAGGCGACACCGUUUCAGCCUUACAGUGAGGUCUUCGGUCUCCAGAGGUUCCGCGAAUGCGAGCUGAUACAUGGGAGGUGGGCCAUGUUGGCUACUCUUGGUGCCCUCACCGUCGAGUGGAUCACCGGAGUUACCUGGCAUGAUGCCGGCAAGGUAGAGCUAGUGGAGGGUUCGUCAUACCUGGGGCAACCCCUUCCAUUCUCGAUAUCAACAUUGAUUUGGAUUGAAGUUCUGGUGAUCGGGUACAUCGAGUUCCAAAGGAAAGCGGAGCUCGACCCAGAAAAGAGGCUGUACCCAGGAGGAAAGUUCUUCGACCCACUAAGCUUGGCCGCAGACCAGGAGAAGAAGGCCGUCCUUCAACUGGCUGAGAUCAAGCAUGCUCGCCUCGCCAUGGUUGCUUUCCUCGGUUUCGCAGUCCAAGCUGCUGCGACUGGCAAAGGUCCUCUCAACAACUGGGCUACCCACUUGAGUGACCCUCUUCACACUACCAUUAUCGACACCUUCACCUCUUGAAAAUGCAUCCAUCCC